GAGCGGAAGGGGCGUGGCUGUGCUUCCGGGGCGGGACAGGUUGUUGCCGGAAGCGAGACCGUGGCUUGGAAGACGAGCUGACAGCAGUGCGGCUCCGGAAGCUGUUGUGGGGGCUUAGUCCGCUGGCUCCUAACGCGGUACUGGGAUGGAGAGCGCAGCUGUAUCUGCAGCCCCAGACCCCACCCUGGAUCCGCCUCUGGAACAGCUUCGGCACUUAGCCGGGGAGCUGCGGCAGCUGCUUCCUGGAGUGCGGGUCGGCGAAGCCCAGGAAACCACCAAGGAAUUUGAUCGGGAGGCCUUUUGGAGAAGAUUCAAUGAGGCAGCUGGGACGGUGUCAAGGGAAGCCACGACUCUGACCGUAGCCUUCUCUCGACUUCCACUGCCAUCUCCACAGGAAACCCAGAGGUUCUGUGAACAAGUGCAUGCUGCCAUCAAGGCAAUUAUUGCGGUGUACUAUUUGUUUCCCAAGGAUCAGGGCAUCACCCUGCGGAAGCUGGUGCGGAGCGCCACUCUGGACAUCGUGGAUGACAUGGCUCAGCUUGUGGAAGCACUUUACAUCAAUCCAGCUCAGAGCAGCCCUGAGAACCUGAUUUCCUACAACAGUGUCUGGGAUGCUUGCCAACAUGUACCUCAGAUCCCAAAAGAUAACAAAGCUGCAGCCCUUUCAGUGCUGACAAAGAGUGUGGAUCUUGUGAAGGAUGCACAUGAGGAGAUGGAGCAGGCUGUGGAAGAAUGUGACCCUUACUGUGGCCUCUUGAAUGACGUUGAGGAGGACAGCUCUGACAACCAUGUUGAUGAGGAUAUAUUGGGAUGUCCAAACAAUCGGGACUCAUAUUGGUCAGAGGAAGACCAGGAGCUCAUAAUCCCAUGCCUUGCCCUGGCAAGAGCAUCUAAAGCCUGCCUGAAGAAAAUCCGGCUCUCAGUAGCAGAGAAUGGGAAGAAGGAUCAGGUGGCCCAGCUGGAUGACAUUGUGGACAUUUCUGAUGAGAUCAGCCCUAGUGUGGAUGAUUUGGCUCUGAGCAUUUACCCACCUGUGUGCCCUUUGACUGUGCGAAUCAAUUCUGCAAAACUUGCAUCUGUUUUAAAGAAGGCACUUGAAAUAACAAAAGCAAGUCAUGUGACCCCACAGCCAGAAGAUAGUUGGAUUCCUUUACUUAUUAAUGCUGUUGAUCAUUGCAUGAACAGAAUCAAAGAACUCACUCAGAAUGAAGUUGAAUCAUGAAUUUUCAGGCUCAUUUGAACUGUCUUCUCUUAGUGUCACGGUCGAGCUCUGAUGUCUGCUUUUAGAAUGGAGCUAGGAUGCUUUCUGGAUUGGAAGGGAGUUCCUAUCUAUACUUACUAAGAGACACAAUUACCAAAGUUUGGUGAUUAGGCCAAACUGGCAAUUAUUUAUAAACCAUAUGAGUAUGAUAUAUUUUUCUGUGCUAGAUACAAAAGACAAUUACAUGAGUUUUUGUUAUUGAGUUGCCUCUCAGAGAUCCCUGGGGAAGCUGCCUUAUUCCCUAUUCAAUAAAAUGUGUCAUUGUCAAAGAUA